UAAUUGUGCAACUGCCUGAAAUAAAUUUAAUAUACUUGUGACGGCGUGCAGCUCUCGCGAGAUCUUUGCAAACUGGAACCGCUUCUCUUCCGUGUGGAAGAAACAAAAAGGUUAUAGUGCCUUCAAUGUGGACAACAAACAUAUGCUACGACCACUGUGGACACAGUCUUAUGGAGUUUCUGAUCGAUAGUGGAGACUGGUGCCAGGCCCAACACAACUGAACGUGUUCAAAUUUUCGUUUUUAUUAAUCGUCAAAUCUUAUUGAAUGGAGUAGCUUGGCUGCAAGACUGAAAUAUAUUAUUUACUGAUGAAAUGUGCAGUUCCAAAGCCCCUUGAAAGUGUAAAAUUAAUUGGAAAGCAAGUAAAUACCGCAAUGAAAAUGCCUUCUGGCGCGCCAUCACAGUCGAGGUCUUUUCAUGGACCAGGACCAGUCAUGCUUGAACACAAGAACAUGAAGUUCUUGAUUACUGAUCGCCCUACAAAUACCAACUUACCCCAGUAUAUUACGGAGUUGAAGAAGUACAGUGCAAACACCGUUGUGCGUGUUUGUGAACCGACUUACAAUACAGAGUCGUUGCUGAAGGAAGGAAUCAUCGUGCUGGAUUGGGCAUUUGAUGAUGGUGCUGCUCCACCUAAAAAAGUAGUAGAAGAUUGGCUCAAGUUAAUUAAGGGUAACUUUAAAGAAAAACCAGGCUCAUGUGUAGCUGUACAUUGUGUUGCUGGACUUGGUAGAGCACCAGUCUUGGUGGCUUUAGCCUUAAUUGAAAGUGGCAUGAAGUAUGAAGACGCAGUUGAAUUCAUAAGAAGGAAAAGAAGAGGUGCAAUUAAUGCAAAACAGCUUGCCUAUUUGGAGAGAUACAAACCAACUAAGUUGCUAAAAGAAAAAGAAAGUGGUGGAAAUUGUGUUAUCCAGUGAAUAUACUAUGAGAUAUGCCAUAAUAAAUACCAAAAAAGUAUUAAAUAUUGGGAAGAUCAGUCAGAAAUGUGCCAAGCAAAUAGACUUAUUUACAUUCUACUGCUAGUAGCAAGUACUACUAUUUUACAAACCCAAUCGAGAGGCUACAAUAUAGUAUAAUGCAACAAUUGUAAUGAACAUUAAUAGUCAUAGAGUGCAAACAAUUAAUCCGUGAAACACUGAUUACUAAAUAGUACAAAAUAGUGCUAAUUAAACAAUAGAAAACAAUGGAAUUUGCAUGAAAUUGUGCUAUUUAGUAUUACUAAAGUUUCAAGGUUAUAUUGUUUGCAGUCUAGAAUCAUGGCAAGAAUCAUUACUGUGGUUUUCCAUAUUCUGUGAACUGCUCACUGAAAUUCGGUUUUCGCUGCCUACAAUCAAGAAUAAUCAGUCAGCACCUUUUAUGUUCUUGACUGGCGAAAGUAAAGAAAAAACACAAUUUCACAACAAGCCAUUGAAAUAUCUGAGUUUGCAGAAUAUUAAAAACUUUUUAUUGUCUAUAAUUUUUUUUGCUUAACUGAAUUCUUGGAAUAUGACUCAUGAUAUAAUGAUAACAAUAUCUAAAAAUUAUGUCUACUGCUCAUGUAAAUAUUGUUUAUACACAAUGUAAAAUAACACUCUUAGAUUGAAAAAGAAAGGUCUCAAGUUACACAAAGAAAUAUUUUCAUCUGACUUUUUCCAUUUACCAAACUAAGUUAAGGUAUAAUUUAGUUUUAAAAAAUGUCCGCACACACAAAGUAAAAUAGUGGAAUGGCCUUUACAUUGCUUGAUUAUUGGAAAUUAUAUGGAGAGGUUUUCUUUGAAAAAUAAUGUAUGCAAAUUUUCAAUUAAUAUUGGAAGACUUGGCUAUCUAUAAUACAGAUAUGAAACCAAGAUUUGUUUGGUCUGUAACCAUGAUUCCAAUUCAUAUUCAACAAAUCUCAAAAAUGACAACGAAAUAUUAAAUUUUUUUCUUAAUUUGUUAGCUUAUUGAUAAAACAAAAAAAUGGUAAAUAAACUCUAGAAAAUUGGGUUAGGGUUAGGAUUAGCCAGAAUUGGAACGUGUCUGGCCAAAUUUUUGCCUCACCAGUUAUUUUGACCAAUAAUGUUGAGCCAGAAACAUGGCUAGGUAUGACCAAGCUAAAACUAAUUUGGCUGGUGACUGACCAAUUGUUAAUUUUGUCCUGCUGAGUAUAUUGUUAUUAUGAGUAAUAUUAUCUAUCAUUAUGUGCAUAUCUUUUUAGUUUUACAGUGCUUGUUCACUAGUGACAUAUAAGCAGUGUUCUUUGAACAACCAGUUGCCAUCUUGAGUCUUGUCUUUCAAUAUAAUGGUACAAAAUUUACUUGUAUGUAARUUGCAAAGCAGCAUCAAUUGACAUGCAGUGUCUGCUUUAAUGUAUUAGUAAACURGUUAAACCAGUUCCACAAAACAAAUAUCUCAUUUAGAUGGAAAAAGUGUGUAAUGUGUUUCAAAUCCUCGUGUGCAUUUAAUAAACAAGAACACUGUAUUAGUAAACUAGUUAAACCAGUUCCACAAAACAAGUAUCUCAUUUAGAUUGAAAAAGUGUGUAAUGUGUUUCAAAUCCUCGUGUGCAUUUAAAAAAACAAGAACAAUGACAGUAUUAGUAAACUAGUUAAACCAGUUCCACAAAACAAGUAUCUCAUUUAGAUGGAAAAGUGUGUAAUGUGUUUCAAAUCCUCGUGUGCAUUUAAAAAACAAGAACACUGUUAUCGUCAUAAUUGAUAUUGGUGUUACUUCUGUCCUAAAAGUACAAAAAAGAACAGUAUUUUGUCUGUAAUGAGGAUAUUUUUGUAGGUAAUGGGCCAAUGUUCUUGAUCAACUUAAUAAGUAACAUUAAAAUAUUUUCUUACUAAAUUGAAUAAAUGCUUCCAUGUGCACAUAAAUAAUUUUAUUCGAUUCUAAAUGGUUUGAUAAUAAAUAGUAAGGCAAACACAACUAUAUAAUUUACAUUUUAUGCCAAGUGCAUUCUGAUUGUGAGUGUUGAAUUUUUCCAACAACUCCACACUCUAUUUUCGAUUAGAAAAUGGCUGUCAAGUCUGGGGAGUACUUAUAUCUUGCAAAGCAGAAAGACUAGGAAUGCACUCGGCCCAUUGCAAAUUUGAUUGAUGGAAAUUGAAUUGCCAGACAUCUGGAGUCAGUUAGGUCUUAGAAACAGGACACAUGCUGUAAAACAAACAAUUAGAGUUAAGCAAUUUAAAUUAAUUUUCACAUAUAAUCACAUCCAGGUAAAUAUUAUGACACUAAAACAACAUGCACUCUGAUUAAUCAACCAGAUUGAUACAGUCAGUAAAUUUGUACAAGCAUGUAACUAUUUCUUGAUAGAUUAUUGGCAUGAUCAGCAAGCAUGCACAGCUUCAAAUGGCUGUAUCUUUUGUUUAGAACCCCAGCUUACCAUACAUUCACAAUUUGACAUGUAUGAUAUUGACCAAUCUUAAAUAGUUUUCUAUCAUUUCUACAUUUCCAGUCUUGUGCUUAGUGAAGAUUUUCAAUAGCAAUGUAGAUGUAUGAUUUAGCAUGCAGGACAGUGUUUAUCCUUCCCUUAAAGGCUUGUAAUAAAAUGCACAAGAUUUAUUAGGUGAUUGACAUACCAAUCAAUUGAUAUUAUAGCCUUAACUCGUAUAUAAUCUUGCUUCAUUUACUAAGCUGAACAUGAACCGUACAAUGUAUUGUAUCUUAAAUUAUUUAAUAUACACAAUUAGAAUGGAGAGGUAAAGUUAUCUCUAUUAUAUACAAGUAUUAGGGUAGAGUAAUCCCAUUUUAUUAAAGGUAAUUAUGGUUUUGAGUGGAAAUUGCACAAGUGGGUUUUUCAAAAACCUUCAAAAUAGUACAAACCUGAUACCUGAUAUGGAGAGUGCUAUUCGAGUUUUUUGAAAAACACACAAAUGAAAAUUAAUUCCAAAUUGAAAGAGAAACCAUAUUGCUGAUUAAUAUACAUGAAAAAUUUACAAUUUUUAAUUUGCACUGCAGCUAUUGGUUAACAGCACAGCUCAGUCAAUCAGAAUCAAGUAGAUUUUUCAGGUAUAUUUCAAACCAUUAAACAAUAGUAUUUUUAAAUCCAAUAGGCAAUAGAGAACAUGUCUUUAUCAUUGGCUGUUAGACAAUAGUUUUAGGGGUUAAAAUAAAACCGCUAAGGUAAAAGCAUGCCAAGACAAUGGUUGUAAAGGGGAUUAACUAGAAUCAAUUUUUUGUAUUAGCAAGCAGUGUCAGUUCAAUAGCAAUACUUAAUGCAUUCUACUUAAAUUAAACUGAAUUAUCAUUUAUUAUACAUUCAAUCAAAUAAAUUAUUGUUUUUUA